CCGCCACCACUUAACUUGCUGCACACCAGCUGCACACCACACCAUGCUCAUGCUUUGUUGUUUAUUCUGGUUGAGAGUGGCUGCAUGCUUCGUGUCUGAAUUCACUUCGAAGUGUCGCAUGCGAGUCUUGAUUCCAUUCCUACGGCAGGGCAUUGCAAGUCAAGAUGGCAGAUAGCGAGGCUGAGGAGUUUGAUGUUGAAUCUCAUGAAUGCCGCACUUGUGGAGAGAAAUGUACGGUUGUAAAGAAUGUGCUGCAAACGCCUUCCAUUCGCACUUGGAUCGAGAAGAGCAUGAAUAUCAAGUUUGCAGUCGAGGGCAAAUCCAAUUAUGUGUGUGACACCUGUUCCUCAUGCAUCCAGACGUGGAUUCGAUUCCGUUCAACUUUUACAAAUGGUCAGAAGAAAAUUGAAGCUGCUGAGAAAAAUGGUGAAGAUGUGGCAAUGAGCAAUCGUGAGCAGAGGAAACUUGGUGUGGCUCCCGAUUAUACAAAUGAUGAAGAGGUGGAUAAGAAGCCUGAGCUGCCUGUGCGCAUCAAAAUUGAGCCCAAAGUGGAAGCAGACCUGUUCAACACUUACGGCUACACUGGCAUCAACCUUGUUGCUCCUGUGAAAAUCAAGGAGGAGAUCAAAGAGGAGCCCACCGACUACGACUCUGGCUGUGUUAAAAAGGAACCUGACUCUGAAGGCCCCAUGUUGUCGGCUGAGCUGAUCCGAAGGCGCAUUACAAACAUCAAGCGCAAGUUCAAGCUGAUAGGACUCAGGGAGAAGAGGAAGAAGGAAAUGAAGAUGCGCAAGAAAGAGAAUAAGUGCCGCAGACCCAGUCUGCCCACCAAGCGCCCGAGGAAGUCUAAAAUGGCAGUCCCGGUCCAGUAUGAAGUCGAUGACCCUGAUGAUCCAGAGAUGAUGGAUGUGGAGAGUGUGGACUCUGCUCUGAAGGAAAACAAGAAAAAACCCAGUGCCAAGCCUAGAGGUCGCAAGAAACAGUUGCUAAGCAGCUCCCUGGAAGAGAAAAAGGCAACUCCUGCAAUAUACAAGAAGAGGAAACUGUCUGAUGCCGAUCAAGGCAAGAUCACACCAGGUCCCAAGAGGUCGAAAACCAUGCGCGACUUCUUCUCUACCAAUGAUCUGCAAACAUUCUCAUACUCGCUAAAAUGGAUUGGAUGAUGUAUUUGAGACUUAUAUGGCUCGUGACUGCGGCUAGAAAUUUUGGUUAGAUCUGUCUAUGUUAGACUGAAUCUCAUUUAUAGUACAAUUAAUGAAUAAAAAAAUAUUAACAGUUUUUAUGAGCAUAAAUCAAUCAGUGCAUGUGCAUUGUGUAAAUUUCUGUCCUAAAUAAAUGGAGAUUACGC